CGAACGAAGACAUUUUUUGAGCUCAAACUCGCUGUGUUCGGCUCGUUUACACCCCUAACAAUAUUCUAUUCUGUAUAUCGGCCGACUCGUUCCCGCAUCGGAGUCUUCCCCGCCAAAACCCUACUCAGAACAUCCUCCGAUCCUCGCGGCAGCGGAGCGGGAACACAGCGCGAUUUCCCGGCGGCCAUUAUCUUCACCCCUCCAUCUAUUUUCUCUCCACCUCAUCAAACAAAGCGAUAAGAUGAGGAUCAUGAAAACCUUUUCGUUGGCCCGACGGUGUCUUGGCUCCCUCCAUCUCCUCCCUCACAACAGAAGCUUUUCGGCAAUCUCGACUGCCGCCGUUGAUGACGAUCUCAAGACUGAGGUGCUUAUAGAAGGGAAAGCGAGCGCCCGUGCGGCGAUUCUUAAUAGGCCGUCAGCUCUUAAUGCGCUGACAACCAACAUGGGACUUCGUUUGAAGAAAUUGUAUGAGUCGUGGGAAGACAAUGCUGACAUUGGAUUUGUUAUGAUGAAGGUAGAACUUUGUUAAGCUGAAAACUAUCUC